GAGGUUGCUAUGGUUACCGAUGCCGUGAGGCGGCGGAAGGGAAGGCGCGGGCCGGGGGAUGCCGGCAGUGCCCCGCGGAGGCGCGCAGCGGCCCGGGCCGCUCCCUGGCGGUUCCCGCCGGUAAGUGUCCGCGUUCCGAGCGAGUGGCCGCAGCCCCUGAGCACAAAAUGGCCGCGACGAGCCGGAGUCCCGGCGGCGGGAGCGGCCCCCAGCCGGCCCUGCGCGGGAACCGGGCUGUGAGGGACGGCACGGGGACGCGCAGGUGGAUGAGCGUGACUGCAAGGCGCUGUAAGGACGGCUUGUGUGAGGUGUGAGGUGUGAGGGCGUGUGGCUGCUCUGAGAUUCAGUCAGUGCUGCUGUGUGUAGAAGGUGCUGCGAGCCUCUGCUGAGAAAGGAGCGGCAGGUAAAGAGUAGGAGUGCCACUGUGCAUGGAAAGGCACCCAUAAGCCCAGAAUUCAGCUUGUCCCUUCGUUACCCACUUGGAAAGUCAUCUGCUACUCCUGGAAGCUAUGAAGGCUUUUGGUGUAAUCUCUGCAAUAGUCGUUGCCGUUUGCAUGGAUUAAUACAAUGUUAAAUAGCACAUAAAAAGGAGUGAACCAAGCCACAGAACAAUGUCCACAGCUCAGAGGAUUAGGGAUGUUGAAAAUCUGGUGAAUCCUAUGAGAAAUGCUCCUUGCAGUCAGAAGUAUAAACCCAUUGACUACAAACAUCUAUGUGAACUCACAGCAGCAGAAAAAGUGGCAUCCACAAAAAUUCAAUUUAAGAUCAAAAAAGUGGAGCAAAUUUCAAAAAUUAACAAAGAGCAAAUGCUACUGAAACAGCAUUGCCAGGUGUGGUGGCGAGAGUAUAAAAGACUUAGUGAGAACAGGGAAAAAGCAGAAGCAGAAAUACAGACUCUUCUUGAUGAAGGAAGUCAUAAGUAUGACUUUUUUUUGGAUAUGUGGGACUUGGAGCAUAAAUUGUCACAGGAGCGGGAUGCUUACCAAACAGAUACUGUGGCUCCUAUCUGGCAACUAAGAGAGAAUUUGAAAUUCUGGCUGACUGAAAUGCAGCAUUAUGUCACAGAAGACUCAUCUCUGAGAAACAAGUUCAGUCUAGCUGAGAAGUUACAGCAGAUUGAAUCUGUGAAGAAAGAAUGGAAAACAAAUUUGGAAUUUCUUAACCUUGAAAGUCUGGCUUUGGAAAGAGAGCUUCAAGACUACAAAAUAGAAGCCAUAGUGCAUGGUUUUGAAGAGAAAAAUGGACUUUUCCAUGAAGUUCCUUCAGCUCUACUGUCUUUGGAGUUCCCUUACCCAGACUUGAGGAGCUUUGUUAUUAAUGAAUACCGUAAGCUUGCAAAUGAAUACUGGUCUAAGCUGCAAGAGAUUGAUCAACAGCUAAACGUCAUAUAUAGGAACACUGACUGGAAGGCAGAAGAUCAAUGGAUUUUUCAGACAGUUGUCAACCAGUAUCCGAGUGAUCUUCAGCGAAGAAGGACUUUGUACCUUGAUAUGUUGCAGAGAUGUCUUCCUCACAAGUCUAGGCACGAGCUGAUCACUCAUGAGAAAGCUUGGGAUCAUUACAAUUUCUUUAAGAAUCAGCGCAGAGUCUUGAUAUUAAAUUGGACUCAAGCUAGGAAGGCGUUCUUCCUGAAGGCGGUGAUGGCUGUUGCUGAAGCCUCUGCUGCUCAGGAGGCAGAAGCAGUAUCAGCUGGUAACAGACGAAAGCAACAGGAGAUCUGUGUUGAGCUGAAAGCCAAGGUCCUGCAGUGGAGAGCACAGCAGGAGGAGGCGGCUGAGCUGGAAGCUGCUGUGGCUGCUAGAAGAAAAGAAAAGGAAGAUGAGAAAGAAAGGAUACAGAAAGAGCAGGAAAUGAUUCACAGAGCUCAGGAGAAAGAAAAAGUUAAAAAAUACUUGGCUGAGAAACAGCUUAAGUGGCAAGAACAGGAGGAAAAAGAGCUACAGCAUUUGAAGGAACUAAGGAAAUUAAUGGCUAAACAAGCAGUGAAAGACAGAGAACGGGUAAAGUUCAGACAAGCUCUGCUAGAAAGGCGGAUCCUGGAGAAAAAGGAAGAGGCCCUUCGAGAAGCACAUGCAGCAGAGGAGAAAGAGAAAUGCCUGGAAGCACUCCGACAAAAGGUUUCUGUUGUAGCAAAACCAGACCCAGCGAGAGUGGUGGCUGACACUGCAGCGUCUAAAGCUCGGAUGGGCGUUGGGACCACAGAAGAGUUUGUUCUUCAAAAGCCACUGUUUCAAUUGCAAACAUAUAGUGAAGAGCAGAUCAUUUCUGACCCCAGGCUCCGUGUCGAGUUAGCUCUUCGAGAAGCUGGACUUCAUAAAACACUUUAUGCAAAAGAGAUUUUACCCAAAAUUCCUCCACUGAAGCUUCCAAGAAGAGAUACGGAAUCUACAGUGUUUAAAAUGUAGACCGCUUUGUGUAUCAAGAGCAGAGAAGCCUCAGGGGUGCAGUCUGGGCCAUAACAGUGAACCUUCAAUAAAUUUCCCAUCGCUUUGUCAUGGAA